UGUUGCCUAGCAAAACAAAUUCUGUCAGCGUAGCCCCGUGCUCUGACGUGGUACUGGAGAUGCAAGGCUAUAUAAAACCCAGGAAGCAAUCCAAGGGAAAUGGCACGUUUUAGCUCUGCUGCAGACCAUACACAGAAUACAGUGAUGCAGAAAACUAUUCCUGGAUGCUUUUUCCAGCAAAUGUAUUCUUCCCUAACCGGCAUUUCUAUGGAGAGAGACCACAUGAAAGAUCUCAGAAGAUACCUGGUACUUAAAUAUAUCCAAUACCUUGUCCUGUCUUCUUCAAAUGCUAUCAGCUCUUUUCUGGGCCUGCUGGGCAGUUUGUACGCGAUAAUCAUCCUGCAGUCUGCAAAAGUUUCCUCCAAGGCCACUGUGGUUCUCAUUUCGAGCCUAGCAAAGGCAGACAUCCUGGUUGCUAUUAGUGUUGUUUCUGAGAUGGUCACAUGGACCUUCGAUGUCAGUACCUCACCUACGGCGUUCACAUCGGUCCUGCUGCAGAACCUCCUCACUGCCAACACACACGUCAGCUGCUUGCUGCUGAGCUGCGUUGCCUUCGAGGCUUACUUGAUAACCUUCUUCCCCACGGAGUCUCGACAUUUACGGACGGUGAAAAACGCCAGGCUGACAUCCAGGAUCAUCUGGACGCUGGUGACUGCAGAGUGCGCCCUGUUCCAGAUGGACGGCCUCCUGAAGGCCGGCAGCACUUCUGCUCCCACCCGCAGCCCCUGCGUUUUGUUGCUGCAUUUCUUCAGCGCGGCUGCGGCCCUUCUCAGGUCCCUCAGUUACUUCUUGGGCAUUCUUUUAAGGAUUGUCAAUGUAUACUUCUACUACAAAAUAUUUUUUAGCAUGUCUAACAGAUCUAUGCUAAAAACAAAGUAGCGCAUAGUCCCAGGGGAAGCACUCUGGGACACCAGACAGAAGACAGACACUUCAAUGCUCUUUCAAACUAUGGGUUUGAAAACUGAUCAACAAGCAGGACCAAGGCUCGUAUUUUGGCACGCCGCUGAGUUUAAACCUGCCUGUUUCCUGAUGCUCUUUAGCCUUUAGGUGAGGAGCUUGGGGCUGAGCAGCCCCUUGGCACUGAACACAACGAAGCGGGGCGAUGGCUGCUCGUCAUGGCAGCCUUACAGCACCGCUUCGGUUGUUUGCAAUCUAGAGUUUGUUUACUGUACAGGUGAAACAAAUGACAUUUCAUGAAUGGUUGUAAAAACUAAAGCAACCCAAAGAUAUUUUUUUAAUAUAUUUUUUUUUAAAAGGGUGCUUAGAGUAUUACUCAGGGAUCCAUUGAGCUGAAAGCUGUGUAGUUGAUGCUAAAGACAUGAUCUAUGUCCUAAAAUUUUUCUAACCCAGGUGACCCGCCAGACUCAGAAGGAAGGAUCGAGAGACAAGGUGGGCACCAAGCUGGCCUAGCCUAGCUGGGCUGUCCCGCAGGUGGCAUCAGCCCCACCGUGAGAGUCCCCGGGACAGAGCGGGGCCGAGCUGCCACACCUCGGUACACGCCUGGAGCCAUUGCUGGGAGGUUGCUACAACAAAGUAAUAAACAGCUUCUCUCACAUCCCCCUUCAGAAAUAAACAAGAGGUGGAAAGGCAGAAUGCAGUUGUUUGCUGCAGUCCUACAAGGUGGGGACAGAGUCUGAGAAACUCCCUGUGCUGUGGGCUCCACGUGCUGUACCCAGAGGGACCACCACUGAUUUCAUUUGCCAUGGUUUCGGAGGCAGGGGGGGAUGCGCUGGGGUUAGUGGUGCUGUUCUAGCUCCCUUGGAAGUGGUGCAGAAAACCAGGGCCAUGGAUGUCCCUCUGCACUGGAGCUCGGGUGGGUGUGUAACAGAGCUGCUACCCAGCUGAUGAUUCCUGGGGUGACCUCAAAGCACUGGGAGGUUAUCAGCAAAACAAAGUACUCCAGAUACCUCAGAUGCUCACCCACACACAAGUGGGUGUAGCACUUCCAACUACACUUGCCCUUGCAUGGGAGAUAGCCUCCAGCUUCAAGCAGACUGUGGUUUUGAGAGACUGAACUUCUGUGAUAUGUUCUGCAACGCACAGAUUGUAAAAGGUGGAAAGAAAAAUGAAAUAAGCCAAACCCCAAGUACUAAUCGCCAAUACACUACAUACAGCCUCCCUCCGUCAUGCUUCCAGACCUUCAGUACACCUUGCCCACCUAAACACAGCAAUAGGCCUCUGCCCAUUUGAGAACAAGAAGGACAUGGGGCACAAAAUCCAAGCAUGAUAGAUUUCAGCUCUAACCUUCCCUCCUUUAGCCUGCAGUAGGUCCUCACUCUCAAACUGGUACCAGUGAAUACCUGAUGUGCCCUGCUGGUAGCAGUUACUCAGCAUUUAGACUAUUAGAGCUGAAAACUGAAGCUGUUGCCACCUUCCUGAGUGGCCUGUAGUCCAAGGUGACCAGAGGCACAGGAGCUGUCAGCUGAAGAUCUCACAAAAAACACAAAGACCAAGCACGGAGGAGUUCACUGCUCUUUCCUCUGCUCACCAGCCGGUUUGUAAAUUUCGCAAUCACGCUUUUUGUAGUUGGCCUCAGAAGUGGUUUUUCCUCACACCAAGAUGAACUUGACUGAAAGGCAACACGCAGAAAAGAGGCAGUGAAACUGGGUCGUGCUGCUGGGCUGGAGGUGGUGAGCUGCGGGGUGUCCUUCCCUUCUCCGGACUGUCUGCCUCGCAGCCAGGCUCCAUGGUUCUUUUACAGCCAGAUAAAGGGUGCACCAUUUCAGUGAAAGGCAAAUAUUCCAGCCCGAGGAGCAUGCACCUUCCACUGGGAUCUCUGAGAUCUGUCAAGUGCAUUUUUUCUGACAUGGACUCCAAUGAAAAUGGUUUUUACAUGGCUGUACCCAGUUUAGUGUCUCCAGAGUUGUUUUAGAGAUUCCUCCUGCUUCCUUUCCUCCUCUCCUUUGUGUUCCUUCAUGAUCCUUGCUGCAUUGUCUGGGCAAAAGGCCAAAUCUUUGCUUUUACAUCAAAAAUCAAGCAAUAAUAAUAAUAAUGCAAGAGAUUGAUAUACUGAGCUCUUCCUUACAACUGCUAAAAUAAUUAAAAAUAUUCUAAUCCCUUUCGCUGUAGCAAUAAACUUCAAAAAACUAUGAAUAUUAUUGUUAUCAGAAUUCACAGAAGUUAUCUGACUAAGUGCAGUUAUUUACAUUGAAUAUCAGCAGUGUCAGAGAUGCUGCGAACAGUGCAGGGCCAGAAGCGAGUGCUUGACAUUGUUUCUCAGAGGACUGGAAGGAAAACUGUUGCUAAGAACUGGGUAUCCAGAAAAAGCAGAACAGAAAUGUAAUCAAGUCACUUUAAAAAGAUUUUGAUGCAUGUUGCCUAACAAAACGGAUUCCUUCUGCAAGAAUGAUAUCUGAAUAAUUUGACACACUGUGAUACAGUGCUCUCAGUUCUCAUUCUGAAAGCCUGAAAACCCACUUUCAGGAGAGAUGAAAUACUACU